AUUAGCCCCGAUCACUGCGGGCCUGUCAUCAUGCGACGCUGCAGGGUGGGAAAGGAGACAGGAAAGGAGUGAGGAUGGGGCGACACCAUCGCUGGCGUGAUGGUUAUUUUUAUUGCAUAGUUUGGGGGUGUAAUAGAUGUAUUAACAUUCUGCUGAGAGUCUGACUGACCGACCCAUCCACCCGCCUGCCUGCAUGAAGAUUGUGCCUCAGAAGGGAGACGAAGAAGAAAGGAGUCUUCUUGAUGACACAACAGGUGACCCUUCCCCUCCCCGGUUUCCCAGCAGGCAGGCAUGGCAGACGGUCAGCAGCCAGAGGAGCACUGGGCCUCCAACGGCCAGGAGAAUGGCGAGAAUGGCUACUCUGCCUACAGCUCGGCCUAUAGAGAGAAUGGAUACCACGGGGGCGGGGCGGCUGCGCAUCCUGGGACGUCAGUGGAUGACUCAGCCAAUUUGCCUCCCUCCCCUCCCCCCUCUCCAUCCGCUGAGCAGAUUGGGCCCGUGGCACAAGAUGAUAAAGUAGAGGUUGUCAGUCAACAGCAGGAUGAGAAGGAGGAGGCUCCAGAGGAGCUCAACAGUCACCAAGAGGAUGUGACAUAUGAGCAGCCAAGAGAUUUGCUCUUAGAACAAACAGAUUAUUUAACAGAGCCCCAGGCUUUGGGCUGCCAGCAAGCCCAGACCCCUGAGGCCCUCAAUGGAGGAAGUCAUCAAGGUGAUCACAACCCAUCACAAAAAGGUGUGGAGCACCAUCAGCCCCUCAGUGUGGCCCACCAGUCCAGGGAGAGGACCACUUCUCGACAGAGAAAAUCUAGCCCCACAAGGGCGGUUGUAUUAAAGAUGGCAGUGCAGCGUCGGGGGUUCGAUCGCGAGCCCCCCCGGCCCGGCUCUGCCUGUAGCCUUAAACGGAGCCCCCUCGUACAGGCGGAGCUCUGCGAGGCCCGUCCCUCCUCCGCGUGCUCACGCCCAUCACCUCUGUCUAAGAAAUGGGUGGAGAAGGAGAGAGCAUACCGGAGCCCUGAGAAGAAGUCGUCCCUCCCCAGGCCGGCCAAGUCUCUGACACGCCACAUCCCGGCUGCUGAACAAGAGGACAGCAGCACCCCCUCCAGGCCAACCUCGUUCCGAACAUCGGACACCAGGUCUGGAAGAGCCCCUAGUAUGGCAGGUACAGACUCGGCGCGUUCCCGAUCAGUCCACAGUGGUGCCUCCACCCCGGGCUCCUCCGCCGUCACACCCGGCACGCCCCCUAGCUACUCCUGCCGCACGCCCGGCUCGCGUACCCCGGGCAGCCACACGCCCAAGUCCUUCAGCGUCCUCCAGGAGAAGAAGGUGGCGGUGAUCCGAACCCCACCCAAAUCUCCAUCUUCUGUCCAGCGGCAGCUGAAGGUCAUCAAUCAGCCUCUGCCUGACCUGAAGAAUGUGAAGUCCAAGAUCGGCUCCACCUCCAACAUUAAGCAUCAGCCGAAGGGCGGACAGGUUCAAAUUUUACACGAGAAGCUGGACUUCAGUCAUGUUCAGCCAAAGUGUGGCUCCAAGGAUAAUCUGAAGCACUCGCCCAAAGGAGGCAAUGUCAUGAUUCCAAGCGUUAAGCUGGACUUUAGCCACAUUAAGUCUAAAUGUGGCUCCCUGGACAAAAUCCAGCACGCGGCAGGCGGGGGAAACGUCCAAAUCCAGACCAAGAAGAUCGACCUGAGUCAUGUCACCGCCAAAUGUGGCUCCUUUUCCAACAUCCACCACAGACCAGGGGGAGGACAUGUGCGUAUCGAGAAUGUGAAGCUGGACUUCAAAGAGAAGGCCCACGCCAAGGUCGGCUCUCUGGAGAACGCCAGCCACACUCCCGGAGGCGGGAACAUCAUGAUCGAGAGCCACAAGCUGAAUUUCCGGGAUUCGGCCAAAGCUCGGGUGGACCACGGUGCGGAAAUCAUCGUCACCCACUCCCCCGGCAUCGAGACGGGAGGCACCUCUCCUCGCCUGUCCUCCGCCGGCAGCAUCAACCUCCUGGAGUCGCCCCAGCUCUCCACGCUGGCCCAGGAUGUCACCGCUGCCCUGGCCAAGCAGGGCUUAUGAGCCAGCUGCCUCUGCUUAGGAAAAAUACAAAUCCACACCAUCACCCCUCCUUUUCCCAUCGUUCCCAUCACAAGCUUCCAGUGUUUAACGUAACCCCCACAGUUGUAGCUGGUUGACCGUCUCAUCCAAUCAACAAUCCCUCCAGCCCUUCCAAGCGGGAUUUAAAAAAACUGAAUUCUUCAUAAAUCUUCAUCGACACUCCCCGUCUGUCGGUCUGCUUUUUAUCCUCUCAUUCACUCAAACGUGGACUGUUCUGUUUUAGAUAAGCUGAAUGCCAAGGUUCAAGUGGUUCAAGAAGGUGGUUUUACGAUUGUACAGUAUUUUUCUUUGGUCCUUUUUCUGUUUAUCUUUUCUUCUUUUUAUUUGGUGGGUUGAAAAACACCAACACAUUCCCACUCGCACGGGGCUAAAAAUUUCAAGUUGGACCAUGACGUCCAUUCAGAAUUUAUACGGUACUGAAUGCAAAAUAUAGCUACUAGACAGUAGGUGCUAGUCUUAAAGAUAAGUGAGAGACUUAACUGACCUGCAAAAGAAUGGCUGACGAGCAUGUCUGCAAAAAAAACAAAAAAAGAAAAGCGUGUGACAUGAACUUUUCUUUGUUGCAUUUGUUGGAUUUCCUGAAUUGUGCUGAAUUGUUGGACAAACGUGUUCUCUUGUUUUUCUUUUUAUAUAUAAAUAUAUAAAAAAUAUAUGUCACUGUAGUUGGAAGUAUUUACAGUUUUGUACGUUCCCUGUGGCUGCUCUGGCUUAUUAGCAUUUAAAUGUGGAUAACCAUUGCAGCUCUGUCGAGUCGGGCGCUAAAAGGCUAGCUUUCCAAUAGAUUUUUGUGUUUUAUUUUCUUCUCUCGUCAGCCGUCGGGCUGCGCCGCCCCUUCCACCCUCUCUUCUUUUUAUUUUCUGGUUUUACAUUAGCGCUGUGGUUUUUAUUAGGCUACAACAAUGCUGUUAUGCUGGCAUGGCAAAUAAAUGAUAAAUAAAUUAGAUCUAUUUGGAGCGAUCUUCGACUUUUCUGUGUGGGUGUAAAAUGGCCCGGGUGCAUUCUAGCAUACAGGCCCCUGUGACCUUGCUCCUUUUGCAAAGACUGGGUUGUGUAGUGUAUUUGAGUGGGUAAAAGCCCCGAAAUUUGUUUUAAAAAGUGUUAAGUGUGAAGCUUUAUAUGAAAACAUUCCAUUUGAAAGAAGUUUUUGAACGUUUGCGGAGAUGAAAAAGGUGAAGAAUGGGAAUAAUACCCCACAAACCUGCAGCUUUUAGAAUUUUUUUUAAAAAAAGAAUAAAAAAAUGUUCUAGCAUAUUCUCUGCUCACCAUUAUGAGACUCCUCCGCCCCCCCACCCACCUCCCCUCCUGAUGUCACCUACCCUUCCAGUGUUUUUCUGUGCUUCCUAUAUCCCUCCCCUCCCCCUCUUUGCCUGUGUAAGUGUAUUUAAAAAAAAAAAGAUUUAAAAAAAUUGUAGAUGUGUGCACACUUUCCGGUGUUUGAGACGUACUGAUGACAAAAUGCUCCUACAGGAUGAUGGCAACAACAAAAAUAAAGAAAUAAAAGAAAUGAAAAA